GCAAUUAAAUGAAUUGUUUUGACUAAAAAAAACCUUAUUUAGAUGUUAUUUCUAAAAACAAAUGGAACAAAAAGAUUAUUUUUCAGAUCAAUUAUUAGAACACCAAAAAAUUCAUCAAAAUAUUGAAUUAGAUAGUUUACAUAGUGAUAGGAAUACAAUAGAAGCUCAAAAUGAAAAGAGUGGAUUUAAUAAUAAUAUUUACAAUGAAUUACUUGAAAUAUCUGAUGACGAGUUUGAAAAAUUAUCUCAAAUAAGUGACUCAGAUGAUAGUUUAAUUAUCCUCACACAAGAACAAGCGAAUCUUGAAAUGGCUCAAUAUGCAAACAAGGCAUUUAAAGAUAGAGACUAUGUUCAAGAGGUUAAUCAACAAGAAAAAAAACAAGAACAAAUAAAAACAGGUAAUGGACCAGACUCUCAAAUACUGUCUAGAAAUUAUCAAAAGGAAUCGAUACCCGUGGUAAAUACUGUAUAUAAUCCGAAUCCGUAUUCAGUAGAAACCUAUGAUGCAAAUAAUUACAUUCAAAUACCACCCUUGCAAUAUAAUGUAGGAAAUAAUCAGAUUUCGAAUGUUUAUUCAAAUAUUAAAAAUAUCCCUAUACAAAAUAAUAUAAAAUAUUAUCAAAAUCCGUAUAAGAAUGUGAUUCUUAUAGACGAUCAAACUAUAACUAAUCUUCCGGCAAAAUAUCCAGAUCGACCUUUACCUUGGAAGAAACCAGAUAAUUUUGGUACGUCAAGCAAUCCAAUAGAUCUUUCUGUAGAUUCACUGGAUCAUUCAUUUUCUUAUAAUCCUUAUUAUUCGAUUAUUGAAUACCAGGAUUCUGUACCUCAGAAAUUGUAUAAUUCAUCACCAUAUCCACAAGUAUUUGAUACAAGUCGUGAAAUUAUGGCUUUACUUGAUAAUAUACAACCAGUGGAUGAACUUAAAGUCAAAGAGGGGACACUAAAAAGAUUAUUGCCUACACUUAUGGAACAUCAAAAAAUUGGCUUAACUUGGAUGAAAGAAAGAGAAGAAGGAAGUAACAAAGGCGGUAUUUUAGCAGAUGAUAUGGGUCUUGGGAAAACCAUACAAGCAUUAGCAUUAAUCGUUUCUCAGAAAGAAAAUGGAGAUGGUAUAGGAACAACACUUAUAUGUACUCCUGUAUCUCUUCUUCAACAAUGGGCUAGAGAGAUUCAAACUAAAACUAAACCACCACUUAAGUUUUAUAUUCACCAUGGCAAUUCUAAACGUGCAAUCAAAUCCUCUGAAAUAAAUAAAUAUGAUAUUGUCCUUACUACAUAUGGAACAAUUGCACAUGAUUAUAAAAAUUCUGUAAAAUAUGAAAAAAACGCUACAGAGAAUCCAAAAUAUAUGUUUUAUAAGUCACCAUUUACUUUGUUAGAUCAUCAAUGGCACCGGAUAAUUCUAGAUGAAGCACAGGUAAUUAAAAAUAGACACACUUUGUCAGCUUUAAGUUGUUGUAAACUUGAAGCUACUUAUCGUUGGUGUUUGAGUGGAACGCCAAUGCAGAAUUCGAUAGACGAGCUUUAUUCUUUAAUGCGUUUUUUACGCAUUAGACCAUAUGAUGAUUGGUCUACAUUUUCAGAUCAUUUUUCUAGACAUUUUAAUAGAUAUUCAUCAUCUUCAAGCAUUAAAGAAUGCAUGAGAAAACUGCAAGUAUUAUUAAAAGCUACCCUUUUAAGAAGAACAAAAUUUUCAACAAUCAAUGGUAAACCUCUUUUAAAAUUACUUCCUAAAAACAUGGAAUUAGUUCAUGUUGUAUUCAGUAAUGAAGAAUUAGUAUUUUAUAAAAAGCUUGAAGAGCAUUCACAAUUACAAAUGAGUCAAUACGUAAAUGAAAAUGUUAUUGGUUCUCAUUAUACAAAUUUACUUGUUCUUCUAUUACGUCUUCGUCAAGCAUGUGAUCAUCGUUGGUUAGUUAGAAUAGAAGAAUCUAUUGAAAUGUCAGAGACUGAUUUCUCAAAUCAAAAAAGUCUUGCUCUUAAAAUAUUUCCACAGCAAGUUGAAAAUAUUCGGAGACUUAAGGAUUUUGAAUGUCACGUAUGUUAUGAAAUUAUUUUAUCGCCAAAUUUUAUUGUACCAUGUGGGCAUUAUUAUUGUAGGGAUUGUAUUUUCAAAGUAAUAGAGCAAAAUCAAAAAAUGGCUAUUAUGAAUGGGGACAUUACAUCAGAUGCACGGUGUCCAGAAUGUAGAUGUUUAUUUAAUUUAAAGAAAAUUGUCGAUUUUUCUGUAUUUCGAAAAGUUUAUAGUUGGAAUUAUGAAUCUAGUUUUACUCAAGAACAGAAAGAAAUUUCCGAUGAAGAAACAGAUGAAGAUCUUACAGUUAUAAAAGAUAAAGGUAAACAAAAAGCCGUUCUCUGUGAUAAUAGAAGUGCUAUUAAUAACUUGGAUACAAAAUUAGCAUGGAAGAAAAUAUUUGAUCAUAAAGUUACUAAACAAACAAGAAAUAAAUUUCAAGAAAAAUUAAAAAAUAAAAACUUUGAAUCAUCUGCAAAAAUUAACAAAUGUAUUGAAAUAUUAGAUAAAAUAAAACAUGAAAAUAAUUUAGAAAAAACAAUUGUUUUUUCUCAGUUUGUGGAAUUUUUAGAUUUAUUAGAAAUUCCUCUUUUUUUAAAAGGAUAUAAAGUACUGCGCUAUGAUGGACGUAUGAGUGCAACUCACAGAGAUGAAUCGCUUCUUAAAUUUGAUCAAGAUCCAACACAAACAGUCAUGUUAAUAUCUCUUAAAGCAGGAAAUGCAGGGUUGAAUUUAACAUCAGCAUCACAAUGCAUCUUGCUUGAUCCAUUUUGGAAUCCAUUUGUAGAGGAGCAAGCUAUCAAUAGAAUCCAUAGAAUAGGACAAACAAGACCCGUUCAAGUAUAUAAAUUAAUAGUCGAAGGAACAGUAGAACAAAGAGUUUUGGAUCUUCAAAAACGGAAACGAGAUUUAAUAGAAAAUGCAUUGGAAGAAAAUGCAAGCAUGCAAAUUAGUAGAUUAAAUAAACAAGAACUAUCUUUUCUAUUUGGUCUUCAAAAUAAUUAAUAAUUAAUCAAUUUUUUCUUCAAUUUCAAAUUUAAUAUUGAUAUAUAAACU